AAAGAAGCUAAAAGAAGAAAUAAAGAAUACCUGCAGGCCAUCUUCCCAGACAUAGCAGUCUUAUGACCUUGGCAUCCGUAGACCCCAUGGGAAAGCCCCACACUUGCUGUCUGAGAGGGCAUAGGGCCCAGCCGUGAAGGAAAAGACAUGGCGUCUCACGCACCAACACUUGGCCGCUGAAACUGUGGCUGAGGCUUCGCUCUGCUCCUAUGAGGGUGCCAGGGUGCAGGCUAGUCUUGCCACUCUGCAACCAUCUUCAUGGCAAGUGGCUCACGUCAGCCCUGAGACUGGCAUAUUAGCAUCUGCCUUGCAUUUGUUCCACAGACAUUCAUAGGGGUUCACCCAGGGCCAGGCCAGUGCUGGACCCUGGAGGCCCAGAGAUGGGUCAGAUGAGCCCUGUCCUCCAGAUGCUCCCAGUCUGAUGGGGAGGCAGGCGCACACAUUGAUGACAACACAGGGUGAAGAGGGUUCACAGAGGGCUGUGCGAAGACCUUCCUGUGGCUCAGGGGAGGCUCCCCAGAGGUGUGCCUGAGCAGUGAUGGGAGAAAGAGGUGAUUCAUGGCAGACUCUGUGACUGGAGGCUGGGAGAACCGGAGCACAGGACAGGAUGACGGGGCAGCAGUUGGGCUGUGAGGGGCAGGAAUCUAACUGCAUUAGGUCCCAGGCUCCAUACCAGACACUUGUCAUCUCUUUAAUCCUCAUGGCAGAGAAAGUGGGGCGUUCGGCUUGUGAGCGGGAACUUCUCGGUUGCGCACAGAAAAAGAACGAUUUAAAAAUGGGUGAUGUUGAGAAGGGCAAGAAGAUUUUUGUUCACAAGUGUGCCCAGUGCCAUACUGUGGAAAAGAGAGGCAAGCACAAGACUGGGCCAAACCUCCAUGGUCUGUUUGGACAAAAGACGGGUCAAGCUGCUGGAUUCUCUUACACAGAUGCCAACAAGAACAAAGGUAUCACCUGGGAAGAGGAGAUGCUGAUGGAGUACUUGGAGAAUCCCAAGAAGUACAUCCCUGGAACAAAGAUGAUCUUUGCUGGCAUUAAGAAGAAGGGAGAGAGGGAAGACUUGAUAGCUUAUCUCAAAAAAGCUACCAAUGAGUAAAAAAAAAAAAAAAAUCCUCAUGGUAGUUCUGAGAUAGGUGCUUUUCUGCAGAGGUCUAUUUUUUUUUUUUUUUUAAACCAGUGAAGAAACCAAGGCUCUGAGAGGUGAAAGAACUUGCCCGGAUCAUAGGGCUGAGGGUUUACCCCGAGAUCUGCAUGGCCCGUGGUAGUCCAGGAAGCAUUUCUUGCAGUAGUGUGGUGUGCAGUGGCUGUCACUAAAGCUACUGGAAACUCGGACCGCACUCACAGAGACCUGCAAAGGGUAGAGGUGAACACCUCACUGUGGGGGUCAGGCACUAACCUGCACAGCGCUGACCUUAAAGAGACCUAGAGCCAGGAAACAGGUUUGGAGAGGGGGAGCCGACGGAACAGGGGCCUCUUGGAGGCUCACUUUUAUUGCCUGGCUCUCUGGGCCAGCACUGUGCCAGGCACUGAGGUAUAGUAUCUCAUUUAGUCUAGAGAAGAGCAGGCUCAGGAUCCAAGCCAGGGUCCUCAGAUAUCUGCAAGGUGGCCCUGGGGCAGAGGAAGCAGCCCAGAGGGCAGGGCUGGGAUGGGGGUGGUGGGCAGAGCUUUGGUUGGAGCAGGUUUCAGGUCACUGUGAGAUGAGAAGCUCUUCCUGGCAAGGGGAGUCAGCUUGUAACACAGAAGACUUCUUGGGAAGUAGUGGGCUUAUAGUUCAGUCGCCAAGUCAUGUCUGACUUUUUGCGACCCCAUGGACUGCAGCCAGGCUUCCCUGAGCCUCACCAUCUCCCAGAGUUUGCUGAAAUUCAUGUCCACUGAAUCAGUGAUGCCAUCCAACCAUCUCAUCCUUGGUCACCCUCCUCUCCAUCUGCCUUCAAUCAUUCCCAGCAUCAGGGUCUUUUCCAAUGAGGUGGCUCUUCGCAUCAGGUGGCUGAAGGAUUGGCGCUUCGGCAUCAGUCCUUCCAAUGAGUAUUCAGAGUUGAUUUCCUUUCAGAUUGACUGGUUUGAUCUAGAGGGCUGCCUGUCAGCAGAAGUAUCUAAGGAGAGUCCCGUGGGGAUGCUUUAGAAGGCAGCCAGCCAUUUGUAGGAUGGCUGCACCACUGCUUUUCCUUGCAGCCUCCGGAUUCCAUGAUUUCUGUUCCAUAGGCCUCACAAGCUGUAGCUUUCACAGGCACAGAGGGUUCCCUGGAGGGGGUAGAGAGGGGAACUCAGAUGGCUGGGGAGGACACCCCAGAAGGACAGUACCAUCCAGUUCAAGCAAGCCCAGGAAAAGGCCCCAUAGUUGGUAGGUGGAGUAAGACCCCUUCCCAACCCACCCCUGUCAU